AUGUCUGUUCGCCCGGCCCCCGCGCUCAACUGCGCCCUCGUGUUCCAGCGGCCCCCCCGCGCUCAACGCGCCUCGUGCCAGCGGACCCCGCUCAGUGCCCCUUGCUCGAAUCGGGACGACCUUGACCUCCACGUCAGCAGCGACCACCAGCGCCAGCGUGUGACGACCGCCUCCAAGGCCUGUGUCCCGCCUGAUGUCGAGUGCCACUGCAGAGCAGACCGCGGAGACCAGGAGACCGCCCAGGAGACCCAGGCGGCCGGCGGCUCGAACUGGGGCGGGACGGCAGGGUCGGAGAGACGCAGCGCUGGACCGAGGCAUCCGUGUCAGCUGUGCGGCAAGACCUUCCUCCGGCGGGGGCAGCUUCUGCUACACCUGGAGUCGCACUCAGUGGUCCGUCCGUUCGCCUGCACGCUGUGCGACAAGUCGUUCAAGUCCAAGUCGUACCUGACGGUGCACACGCGGAAGCAUUCCGACGAAAGUCCGUUCGCCUGUUCACACUGCGACAAGGCCUUCAAGACGCAGGCCAGUCUGACCCUGCACAUGCGUAUCCACACGGGCAAACCGUACGCGUGCGAGCUCUGUGGCCUGCGCUUCAGUCAGAAGUGCACCAUGACCCUGCACGCGCGCACGCACACGGGCGAGAAGCUUUUCGAUUGCGCCGUGUGCAGCAAGUCCUUCGGCAGGAAAGCGGCGCUUUUACUGCACGCGUGGACACACGUGGACCAGAAGCCACUGGGCUGUGAUACGUGCGGCAAGACGUACAUCCGCCGCGACCACCUGACCGCGCACAUGCACUCGCAUGCGAGCGUGAAGCCCUUCAGCUGCAAGACGUGUGACAAGACGUUUGGCCGGCGUGACCACCUGGCCAACCACGUGCUCACGCACGUCGGCGACAGGCUCUUCGGCUGCGACGCGUGCGGGAAGAAGUUCAAAAGCCGCGGCACACUGGCCGUUCAUGGCCGCGUGCAUGCGGCAAAGAAGAGGUUCGGUUGCCGGACUUGCGGCGAGAUGUUCCGCUUUAAGAAGACGCUCAAGGCGCACAGGGCGACCGGGUGCUGAGAGGCAAGCAGGCAGCUGGACUGUCGGCUCCUGUCGCCUCCCGAGCGUCAGGGCUUGUCCGGCGUCGCUCGCCGCUGAAGGCUGC